GCAGCUACUGCUUCUUCACAUUCCUUUCUCGCCGUCCUGCUGCUCCUGCCGUCGGCGGCCGUGGCCGCCGUAGCCAAGGCCAUCGACGCCAGCAAUACUCAGCGCCUGGAGCUGCCUGACGUGCUGGUCGGGCCCGAGAGCGUCGCGUUCGACGCGCGCGGCGGCGGGCCCUACGUCAGCAUCUCGGACGGCCGCGUCCUCAGGUACGGCGGCGAGGGCGUCGGGUGGACGACGUUCGCGUACAGCCCGAGCUACACCAAGAACGGCUGCGACGCGUUCUCUGAGCUCCCGCCGGUCGCCACGGAGAGCUCGUGCGGCCGGCCGCUAGGAUUGAGGUUCCAUGUCAACUCCGGGAACCUCUACAUCGCCGACGCGUACAUGGGCCUGAUGCGCGUCGGGCCCGACGGUGGGGAGGCGAGGGUGCUGGCGACGGAGGCCGGCGGCGCGCCGCUGCGCUUCACGAACGGCGUGGACAUCGACCAGGUCACCGGCGACGUCUACUUUACCGACAGCAGCACGACAUACACACGGGCGCAGCAUCAGAUGGUCACCACGACAGGAGACUCGACUGGACGCAUCAUGAAAUACAGUCCACAGACUAAUCAGGUCACCGUGCUCCAGUCCGGCGUGACGUACCCCAACGGCAUUGCCAUCAGUGCCGAUGGAACCCACCUUGUUGUCGCGCUUACGGGACCAUGCAAGCUAAUGAGGUACUGGAUCCGGGGGCCCAAGGCCAACACAUCGGAGCCAUUUGCUGACCUGCCAGGAUACCCGGACAACGUGAGGCCCGACGGGAAGGGAGGGUUCUGGGUAGCGCUUCAUCGGGAGAAGUACGAGCUUCCAUUUGGUUUAGAUAGACACUUGCUCGCCAUUAGGAUUGGCGCCGAAGGUGAAAAGCUGCAAGAGAUGAAGGGAUCCAAGAACGUGAGGCCGACUGAGGCGGUGGAGAGAGAGGAUGGCAAAAUAUAUCUUGGAUCCGUAGAGUUGUCGUACGUCGGCAUUGUUAGCACUUAG